AUGCCUUCCCAGUACUUCCAUAGCUCUGCUGCAAAAGCCCGUACUGCAAGUGACAUCGCCCGUAUUCGCGUACGUUCCACACCUACCAGUCCACUACCGUCUGCACUGCGAUCAUCGAAUGCGGAUUCGUGGAAAUUUCGUUCGUGGUCGUCUCGAGGUUCUGGAGUUCCACUCUCCAAGGCAAGAGCCAGGCUUGGAAGAUCGGUAACGAUAGAAGAUCCAGCCUACUCUCCGUCGAGACCCGAACGUCUCGUUUUGCCUGAUAGUGAUGACGAAUCUUUGCUGGAUACCAUUCAUGAAGACCACAAGUACGAGGAUUCUGAUACUGACGAGGAUCUAGUGUCUAGGUUUGUUCUACACUGCUUGCUUCGCGCUUUUCAGCAGAUUACCGUAGCAGACUUAGUGGUCAACAGUGCUCCUGCGGUGACGGCAACAUUUGCGCGGAAACAAAUGCCAUUGAAUGCCGAAAACUUGCUUGAGAGCUCGUAAAA